GACAUCUUUAGAAGCGAAAUGCGCCAGCUGUUAGAUAGGUAGUCCAUCCAGGAACUCUAACUGGCAGUGCGUCCUGAAUCAGCAGGAUUUAAAAAGGGAUUUUAUUUAUUUUUAAGGAAUUAACCUAUGUUUUUUUAUGUAUGCGAUAUAACACGUGUAGCAUUUCAAGCUACUAUAUUUUAAGUUGAAAAUAUUGCAUAUUUUAUUUUUAAAUUCUCUAUAAUUAUAUUUUGUAAUUUGGCAGUCUAAAAUGAAGUCGACCUCCGUUAUCUCAAACCGGAGGUGCGGGGCCGCCAGGUUGUUGUGGCCGGUCUUUGGUGCGUGUCUUGUGGUUGCAGUCAUCGGAUACAAACCGGUGGUGAUAGUGCAUGGGUUGUUCGACAGCCCCGGCGCAUUCGUCAAUUUAAUGCGUUUUAUUAACCAGUCUCACCCAGGAACUAAUGUAUCGGUCAUUGACUUGUACGAUCACAGUGCUAGCCUCCAGCCACUGUGGACACAGGUAGAAGGCUUCAAAGCUGCCAUAUAUCCCAUAUUACAGAACGCAGAAGAUGGUGUCCAUUUCAUAUGCUACUCUCAAGGUGGGCUGAUAUGCAGAGGGAUUCUAUCCACUCUUCCCAACCAUAAAGUCCACUCCUUCAUCUCUCUGUCCUCUCCGCAGGCAGGCCAGUAUGGAGACACAGACUACCUGAAGUACCUCUUCCCUCAGUUUGUCAAGUCCAACCUGUUCCACCUCUGCUACACAUCAGUGGGGCAGCGAAUCUCCAUCUGCAACUACUGGAACGAUCCUCACCACAAGGACAUGUAUGUGAACACCAGCGAAUAUCUGGCCCCGUUGAACGGAGAUAGAGCACAUUCCAAUUCAACAGCGUGGAGGAAGAACUUCCUGCAGAUCAAGAAGCUGGUCCUGAUUGGUGGGCCAGACGAUGGUGUCAUCACACCGUGGCAGUCGAGUCAGUUUGGUUUCUAUGACGAAAACGAGACGGUUGUGGAAAUGAAGAAUCAAGAUGUGUAUCUGAGUGACGUGUUUGGACUGAAGACCCUGAACGCUCGUGGAGAUCUGUACCUGUGUUCCAUGGCAGGUGUUGAACACGUCAUGUGGCAUUCCAACCAGACAGUCUACGACUACUGCAUCGACAAGUGGCUCAUCUAGAGCAGAGAUCUUUACACAAACACAAACACACAUGUUAACCCUUGGUGUGAUCGCGUUACCACUGCGUGUGAAACUCGUUUGCACUAAAUUGUGAAAUUGCUCAUCACAUUUUUCAAAGGUUUCCACGUUCUGUUUACCAUGCCAUUCUGGAACCGCAUAGUCGUACACUUUUACAUGUGUAUCCAUGUGUGUGUUUGUUACCUCAGAAAACAUGACAACACAACAGUGCCUGAGAUACAUCCUGUACGUUUUCUGGCGUUGGUGUUUUUAACCGGAGCUAAUUUUUUCCUGUUUAAAAAAAACAAAACGUUUAUUUUAUGUCUUGUCAGGAUGUGAUCACGUUUGUAACGUUUUUUCUAGAACUUCUGAACCCAAGAACCGCUUCAGUGGAAUCAUGCCUUAUAUGUUUAGAAAGUUCCCUACAUGUCUCAGUGUUUCAUUCUAUUUUCCAAACCAAAGUGCUAAGGAACAGUGACAGUGCUAAAAACAGGAUGUGAAUAAGUGAGGAAGAAAACUGUAAUUUUAAAAAGGGAAUGUUUAAAAGAGGGAUGUAUGGAGAUAAAGAAGGGUAAAGAUUGGCAGUGCUAUAUUAGCAUGUAUGUGUCCACAAAGUAUGUUGUGUGCAAUGUACCUCUCCUUGCAUUUUAUAUAUCUCAGGCAUUGGUUCAAACCUCUUGUCUAUGUAUUACUGAUUUGCAUGUUUAUUUUUUACAUUUUGGAUGGAAAAUUGGAUUGUGUAAACUCAGUACAAAGACUUGGUUACAUUGCACAAUAGAGUUAAGUUAGAACCAGCAGAUAAGCAUCAGGAUUUAAGAGAUUUUAGGGAAAUGUUAUACCUUGUAUACCUGCUUUGUAUCUAUGGUGAACUUUGCAGUAUUAUGUGUGUGCGUUUUAAUACGGUUUAAUCUUCUUCUUGGAUUUUGUGAGCAUUUAUGGAAUAUUGUUGUAUAUUUAGGGAAUUGCUAAAGGGAUUUCCUUGUUUGAUGUCUGCAUUUCUUAAAGAAAACGUUUAACAUACCUAUUCAUUAUUUAACUGAUAUGUGCUCCUAUCAUAUUGACUCAGUCAAUUUACCGAUGUGCUUUACAGUUUCAAUAGCGUUUUAAGCAAGAACAAAGUUGCAAUUGGCAAGUUAGCAACAAUAAAACAAAAAUAAAAAUUG